CCCCAACGUUUUUGGGAUUUUAUUAUCUCCUCUGUCUGGUAACCGGGAGGGGAAACAGCAACCUGCUUUUUAAGCAACCUUUGCAACCUGUUGCAUUUCUUUUUUUAUAACAAGCUAUCAAUAACCUGUUGCAGAUUUUUUGUUUUUUAAUAGAAAGCGAUUGCUGGUUUGACCCCGCCACAUCUGCUGGAGCAUCGCAUCUGCUCACAAACUCGCGCCUGGACUUGCAACCAAAUCAAGCAGUUUGGCGGACUGGCAACCUGGUAUAUGCUACUGUUUGGACUAGCGAUCUGUUGCGUUUAUUCUUUAGAUCCCUCGUUUUCUAAAAAAAAGGAUCUGAACCUUGUUUGCACACCUUAAACUGCCACGGGAAAAUUCCAGGAAACAUUUUGGUCCUUUCUUUGUGGGAGAGGAGAAGCAGAGUGAAAAGAAGCGUGAUUUGGGUUUUAUUUUAUUUUUCACUUUUAAACCUCUUUCUAAAAUGCACUGCUAUCUCUUGAGCGUGUUCCUUACCCUGGAUCUGGCCACGGUGGCCUUUGCCCUCUCUACGUGCAGCACCCUCGACAUGGACCAAUUCAUGCGUAAGCGGAUUGAGGCGAUCCGAGGCCAGAUCCUGAGCAAGCUGAAACUCACCAGCCCUCCGGAAGAGUACCCAGAGCCUGAGGAGGUUCCUCCGGAGGUCAUCUCAAUCUACAACAGCACAAGGGACUUGCUGCAGGAGAAGGCGAACCACAGGGCAGCCUCUUGUGAAAAGGAGAGGAGUGAUGAGGAAUAUUACGCCAAAGAAGUUUACAAAAUUGACAUGGGGAUUUACCACCCGUCCGCAA